UCAAAGUCUCGGCGAAAAGAGACUGCUCAGAACAAUAACAAAUUCUGAUUCUUACAGUAAGCCAAUUCUUUUGGAUAGUCUUUACUGUUGUUACUUCCAAUUCAAAUUCCAGUUGAUAGUCACGACUCAGAGUUGUCAUGGGUCGACCUCCCAGUAAUGGCGGCCCUGCCUUUCGCUUCAUGGCCAAUGAGGUUACCGAGAUGGAAGGUAUUUUGCAAGAGCACCAUAAUUUGAUGCCAGCUCGGGAAGUUUUGGUAGCUCUUGCUGAGAAGUUCAGUGAGUCUGCAGAACGAAAAGGGAAGAUUGUUGUGCAAAUGAAACAAGUAUGGAAUUGGUUCCAAAAUAGACGCUAUGCAAUAAGGGCAAAAUCAAGCAAGGCUCCUGUGAAGUUAAAUGUGACUCCUAUGUCUCGAGAGGAGUCAACUCCUGUGAGGAGUGUGCCCCAACCUGUAGCUGCUUCUAUUCCUACUCCUCUUCCUACAACCACGGCUGCUUCUUCAGUCUCUAGUGCAGCGAGGGCUACUACAGAAAAUUCUUACAUGGAAUUUGAAGCCAAAUCUGCAAGGGAUGGGGCAUGGUAUGAUGUUGGGACUUUCCUAUCCCAUAGACAUUUAGACACAGGAGAUCCGGAAGUAUUGGUUCGGUUUGCCGGUUUUGGACCAGAUGAGGAUGAGUGGGUUAAUAUUCGUAAACUCGUCAGGCAGCGGUCCCUUCCUUGUGAAGCAUCAGAAUGUGUUGCAGUUCUUCCUGGAGACCUCAUACUCUGUUUUCAGGAAGGUAAAGAUCAGGCUCUCUACUUUGAUGCGCAUGUUCUUGAUGCACAAAGGCGGAGGCAUGAUGUAAGAGGUUGCCGUUGUAGGUUUUUGGUGCGUUAUGAUCAUGACCUAUCUGAGGAAAUUGUGCCACUCAGAAAAGUUUGUCGCAGGCCUGAAACUGACUAUAGGUUGCAGCAACUUCAUGCUGCAAAUGACAUGGCAACUAGUGACCAGCAGAAAACUAGCACAGAUCCUUCUACAGCCAGCAUCCAAAGGGUUGCUGUUUCUGCUGCUGAAACAAUGCAGAAGCUACAAAAUGCUGAUGUUGCCACAGUUUGCCCAGUUCCACAUGCUAACAUUUCUCAUGCUGCCAAAAUUAUGAUUUCAGGGCCAAAAAGUGCUGAAACUAGCAAUGCUGUCAAUGUCGGAAAUCCUACUGUUGUCCCCAAUAGCACUCUUAGUGCUGAAUCGAGUGUUGUUGCUCCAAGUAGGAUUUCUGGUGGCUCUGUUUAGAGAAUUUUCAAGGAGGAAAAUGAUAGGUUCAUGUACUAUUAUCAUUCUAUUUUCUUGAUGAGCUCAUUUCCUCUUGUAGAGAGGGCCGGCCAUCCAUCAAAAUGAUGAAUAGAACCUGAAUUCAAGGAUGACCGGCAAAUAUUGGGGAUUGCUCCAUUUUUAUUAACUUUGUGGGACUCUAGUUAAUAUCAACAGUAGUAGUGUGAGCUGCUUUUACAUUUGUAUAA